UCGCUUCCCGGCGGGCGAUGGACUGUGAGUAAGAUGGCGACAGUGAGUUUACGGGUAGGAGACUUGGUUUGGGGGAAGCUGGGUAGAUAUCCGCCUUGGCCCGGAAAGAUUGUAAAUCCACCAAAAGACCUAAAGAAACCACGGGGAAAGAAGUGUUUCUUUGUAAAAUUCUUUGGAACGGAAGAUCAUGCAUGGAUCAAAGUCGACCAACUUAAAUCCUACCAUCUUCACAAGGAGGAAAUGAUAAAAAUUACAAAAGGAAAACGCUUUCAACAGGCAGUGGAUGCAGUUGAGGAAUUCAUUAAAUCCAAGGUAUCUGCACUUACCUCACCAGAAGAUAGAAACAAACAUAUUUCAUCUGAAGACAAUCGACAAAAUUUGUCUGUAGCAGAAAUUUCAGAACAUAAUACAAGGAAAAGGGGUCGACCACCCAAAGAAGAAAAGGAUGCUUUUCCUGAGCCCUCCACAGUAAAGAGAUUGGAUACAAGUCCAGUUGCAAGCUACAAAUGGAAGCAAGUAAAGGACGACCCUCACUUCCAUCAUUUUCUGCUCAGUCAGUCUGAGAAGCCAGGUUCAUGUUCUGCCAUAAUUCAAAAGCUGAAGGCUACGGCUGAAGAGGAAGCAGAGUCAACCUCCAUCCAGGCAGCUGAUAGUACAGCAACUAAUGGAAAUGUUAUUCCCACAGACAAAAGGAUAGGUUUUCUUGGUCUAGGCUUGAUGGGAAGUGGAAUUGUUGCAAAUCUCUUAAAGAUGGGGCACAUGGUUACUGUAUGGAAUCGCACAGGAGAAAAGUGCGAUCCUUUUCUCCAAGAAGGGGCACGUUUAGGACGGACACCCGCAGAGGUGGUUUCAACUUGUGAUAUCACACUUUCUUGCAUUUCUGAUCCAAAAGCAGCUAAAGAUUUGGUUCUGGGUCCGAGUGGGGUACUGCAAGGGAUUCGACCAGGCAAGUGUUAUGUUGAUAUGUCUACAAUGGAUCCUGAGACAUCCACAGAGAUCUCACAGGUGAUCACUUCCAGAGGGGGGCGCUUUCUUGAAGCACCAGUCUCAGGGAAUCGGCAGCUAUCGGAAAAUGGAAUGCUGGUGAUCCUUGCAGCUGGAGAUAAGGCUUUGUUUGAUGAUUGUAGCAGCUGUUUUCAGGCCAUGGGGAAGAAGUCUUUCUAUUUGGGAGAGGUGGGCAAUGCUUCGAAGAUGAUGCUGAUUGUAAAUAUGAUCCUGGGGAGCUUCAUGGCUUCUAUAGCUGAAGGAUUUACAUUGGCUAAAAUAGCAAGCCAGUCGCAAGAAGUGUUGCUUUAUAUCCUGAGUCAGGGACCUUUAGCGUGUGCUUUUUUGGACCAGAAGUGCCAAAGUAUUUUACAGGGAAACUUCAAGCCUGACUUCUUGUUGAAACAUGUACAAAAGGACCUCAGGUUAGCUAUUGCUAUGGGUGAUUCUGUCAAUCAUUCAACACCAAUGGCUGCUGCGGCCAAUGAAGUGUUUAAAAAAGCAAAGGCCUUGGACCAAUCUGAAAAUGAUAUGUCUGCAGUGUACCUGGCCUGCAACCAGUGACCGUUACAAUCUUUUAAUUGUUUCUUUUAAAAUUUUGGGGCCAUUUAACUUGAUUUUCAUGUUUCUCAUUAUCAGUAAAUGCUUUAUUUUUCCAUACUGGCCAUUGUAAAUAUGUCCCUGUGGUGAUUUGAGGAUCAAAUUGCCUGUACCCAGCCAAAUCUUGUUAAUGCACUGACAUGGCACUUCUUGAGACUAACGUGAGUGUGUGCCAACCAUCUGCUGCUGUUCUUUGUUGUAAUUUUGUUAAGAUGGUAUACGGAGUUUACUUAUGGAAUAAUGGGUUGUUAACGAAGGUCUAUGCUGAUGUUAAUCCUUUACAUUUUUUUUAUUGGUUUGGUUAAAUUCCUCCUGAUAUAAAUGUUGAUACAAAUUCCAAGCUGGUCCUGCACGUUAUCAUCAACAUUAUUGACUAUCAUGUAACAAGGGACAGAUGUGCAAAACUCAUGAAGGAAUAUCAGGACACUGAAAAGGAAAGUGGAAUACUUAAGCUACUUAAGACCUGUAUGGUGGGGAUACGUCAUGGAUGAUGUACUCUGAUAAUCCCAGCAAUACAAGAGUCUGUUGUGUAUAAUAGAAAAUGGCUGUCUAGUACAGAAUGAAACCUUUUAUUAGUGUCUUGCUUAAAGUUUCCCGUGUGAUUUGUAAAAGAUGAGCUCAAAUAGGAAGAAAAAUGAAACACUGCACAGCUUUUAAACCAGACUGUUAAAUCCAAUUGUGACCAACAAUUGUUUUGCAUGCAAUGAUGUUGUUUUGUUUGGUGCUUUUCAAAUAAAAAUGUUCCUGAUAUUUCUGAAUAAGUUUUCCAAAGGAGAAAAUAUAUCUUGCUGCCUUGCAAUUGGCCAUCCCUUUGUACAGUGCUCAAUAGUGAUUUUAAUGAUAAUGUGGUCAGUUUGACCUCAGUUUAUUUUCCUCAGUCUCAAAUCUGUAGGAACCCAGCAAGAAAGUUUAGACUAUUUAAAUGGCAGUGUGUGCAGAAAAGGUUUUUUGUUUAGCAUUUUUAAUAUCUAUUUUCCACGCGUGGUCCUACUCAAACUAAAAUUAUUUUUUUUAAUCUUGUAUUUAUUUACCUUUGGUUUGAAAUCGAUCUUUCCCUUGUCCAAAGACUGAUAUAAAAAUUUAUGCAAACAUGUCAGUGUUUUUGGUUGAUUAACUGUGGGUCUUUGAGCUGACGUAGAUGCUACUUGGGAAUGCAAAUUGAGCGUGACACCAGCUACUUUUAAAUGCUUUUGUGUUACCAUGGUUUUUCUGUUGCAUGAAGUAGGUAUGGAAUGUAAUAUUGGUCACUUUACUGAAAGGCAUGUGACCACUUUUGGCUGCACCAAAGCAUGAUGGUCAAAUGUUCCACAUGACCAUGUUAAUAUAUUGAACCUAAAGGAAAGUCAGACUCCAUGAAACUGCUUUUAACAUUUGUAUGUUAAGCAGCUAGAUAAUUGAGCCCUAGAUUUCUGAUUGAAAAGGGAUACAAAAAUUGAAAAAGAAAUAUGACAUUGAUAUUGCAUGCAUAUCUUUGAUUGUUAGCACCCCACAAAAGUGAUAGCUGUAUUGCAAUGGUUUAGAGUCUGCCCAGGAAACAACUUCGAGGAACGCCUCUUGCCAUCAAAGAAUACUUUUUGCUUUUAUGCGAACUCUGUCUUGCAUGCUCAGAAGUAUAAGUCUACAAGUCUACUCUCUCAAAUAGUGAGAAUGGAACCUUUUUGUUAGCUUUGUUGUGGUGCUUUUCACAAAAAUAAUGUCUGCAAUCCAAGGUUCCAACUUCUGUCAGUUACCAAGCUUGGAAGUCCUUAAGAGAAAUGUUAUACACAGAAGCAGGCUAUGUGGGAAAAUUAUGUUUACUUCAAGUGUUGAUUGGGACUUUUCUGGAAGUUAUUGUCAGAUCAGCUUGAAAUAUAAAUGGAAAAAAAUCUUUUAACUUGUUGAGACCAUGUGAGGUUAAUAAGCAACUUCUAUUUUUAAAUUAAAUGAAAUUGGGUAAUGGCAUAAUUCAUCGUUUGGAAGGUUGUACCGGCUUUUGCUCAAACAAACAUGGCAACAUGUCAAGCGUCGUGAGAUUAUUGUACAUCACGAGUGCAUUAAAGAUUGUGAAUAGAACCACGCUGAAUUCUAAUGGCGCUCUGAAGUAAUUUCUCUAUUUGAUAUUUCAAAAAUAUAAGAACGAGAUUUCAAGUCACAUUAAAAUACAAACUAACAAUCAUUAAUGGCCUUUUGCAUCAUAUUUCUGUAUUAUAAUUUAACAUUUGGAAAGAAUUUAUUUAAUUGUGAUGUGAUUAAUGAUUCCUGAAUAGUUUUCUUGCACGACCAUUGUGCUUCCACUUUGCAUCAAAGGUUGUUUUCUUGAGUUAUUAAAGGAUACCUUGCAAUGCUGAGUGAUCUGUGUCUGCGAUAGAGAGCGGUGCAUAUCUAGUGCUAUAGUUUCACAAAAAUAACCUUUACUAUAGUUUUAAAACUACCUGGAAGCGCACUCCAUGACUGAAUGACAUUGUUUAUGUUCACUUACUAAUGUUCAUUUAAGAUCUAUUCGAUAGGAUUUACAAUGAGAUUAUUUGCACAAACCUGGAGAGUUUAAUCUUCAGAAAAACACCAUUAAUUUGUUUGUUAUCACUGGCUAGCCUUCUGCAAAGAUUUUGAAUAAGUAGCUACAGAUAAAAAUAUGAAUUCUGCAAUGAACAUGUGUACACAAACUGUGAUAUUUUUGUGAAUUUAUUGUACCUUUCUCUGCUCUUUGUAGCCUGAACUUAAACUGCAUCAAAUCUAUACUAUCCAAGCAUUGCAUUUUUAUACCGCUUAUGGUAUUUCAUUUUAAGAUCAAUAUUGAGAAAUUGGCUAUUUUUAUGGAUC